GAUUAGUUUGAUUCGAUAUUUCCAUUACGGAAAAUCAAUAUGUCGCGUAUCAAACAAUCGCAAGAAACAGUAUGUCUACACAACCGUACAAUUGGCAAGCAGGAAAAACUAAUGUCUACGAUAGAGUAAAGUUUUUGUUCAAUAAUGAAAUACUCUGUGAUGUUCAUUUUAUCGUUGGCAAGGGUUCGCAAAGACGACGUAUUCCUGCACAUCGGUUUGUCCUCUCAAUGGGAAGCGCUGUCUUUGAUGCAAUGUUCAAUGGUGGUAUAGCAAGCCCAAAUGAUGAUGUAGAACUGCCUGAUGUAGAAUCAUCAGCUUUUCUUGCUCUCCUAAAAUUCUUAUAUACAGACGAGAUCCAAAUCGGCCCAGAAACUGUCAUGACUACAUUAUAUGCAGCUAAAAAAUACGUAGUGCCGAUUAUGGAAGAUGCUUGCGUUGAUUUUUUAAAGAAAAACCUUCGUCCUGAUAAUGCAUUCAUGCUGUUGACACAGGCGAGAUUAUUUGACGAGUCACAGUUAGCAACUAGAUGUUUGGAAUGUAUUGAUAAGAAUACGUUUGAAAGUUUUAAUGCCGAAGGUUUUACGGAUAUUGAUUACAAUACAUUGUUAGCUGUUUUAAAACGUGACACACUAGGACUGAAAGAAAGCCAGUUGUUUCAACACGCAGUGCGAUGGGCAAAACAAGAAUGCGAGCGAAAGGAAUUGAACAAAACGCCAGCAAAUCUAAGGUGUGUCUUAUCUGAGGCUUUGUACCAGAUCCGUUUCCCAUUGAUGCCAGUGGAAGAUUUUGCAACAGGCCCAGCACAAUCUGGUAUCUUAACAGAGAAAGAAAUUGUCAGUUUAUUUCUGUAUUUCCAUGUGAAUCCCAAACCAAAAGUUAAUUUCAUUGAUAAGCCAAGAUGUUGCCUGACCGGCCGGGAGAAGUCUGUCAGGAGAUUCUCAAAAGUUGAAAACCGAUGGGGUUAUAGUGGUACAAGUGAUCGGAUUCGGUUCUCGGUAAACAAGCGUAUCUUUGUUGUUGGUUUGGGCCUUUAUGGUGCAAUUCAUGGUCCCAGUGAUUACAAUGUCAAAAUGCAAAUCAUUAACACUGAGACUGGCUUGGUUUGUGGAGAGAACGACACAGCGUUUAGUUGCGAUGGAACCCCAAGCAUAUUCCGUGUGAUGUUCAGUGAACCAAUAGAACUCUCCCCAAGCAUCAUUUAUGUUGCAAGUGCAACCUUGAAAGGUGCUGAUUCGUAUUAUGGCACAAAAGGACAGCGUAAAGUUGUUUGUGAAAUACCUGAACCAAAGGAUGAGAAUAUUGUGUUUCAUUUUUCAUAUGCUACUGGAAACAAUAAUGGAACCUCGGUCGAGGACGGACAAAUUCCUGAAAUAAUUUUCUACACUUGACUCUAAAAUGUACCCUAAUUUUGACAUAUCUGCAUGAUGUAGUUAGGUGAACAUCUUUGAGUGACUGUUAUACUCUUAAACUUUGUAUAUAUUUGGCUACCUUGAAACUGAAGUUGAUUGUGGGUAUGAAAUGCAUUAGAAACACAGCUAUAUAAACAAGUGUUUGUCAUCUCCACUAUCAACAUCCUAGAUAUCAAAUAAACUUAUGUAACAUACAUGUCCUAUAUUACAAUCAAGUGCUAAAACACAUUUUAUAUAUAGAAUUUUAGGCCUUGUGAUAUAUAUAUGUACAUAAUGGUGUUAUUUCAGAGAUCUUGAGAAAAGACCUUGAGUAAAAUAACAUUAGCUAACUGAACUAGUGUUCUUGGGCCGGUUGUAUCAAGCCUGUUUAGCUUAAACGGUGGAUAAGUCAAAAUUAAAUAACAUUCUUACAUCUGUCUUGAAUGAGUUAACUUGAAUAUUAUGCACUAAAUAUGUAGUUGUAAACAGUAUCUUUGCAUUAAGGUUAAAAACAUUUAGU